GACACUUCGGCUCUCCCGGUUUAUUCUUGUGCGCACUCAACGGACCAAAGAAUGAGGCGAACAAUGGGCAGGACGAACAUUUGGAUUAAUUCUAUCUGAAUGCGACACUUUUUAUCCGAAAAAAUGAGUUGGCUGUUAGGUCGAUGGAUUAUUUUUUGCAUAACAGUCUGUGUGUGUGCGGGGGUGCAGGUGACGGUUCGGGAGAAGAGGCGUUUCGCCAUGCUCUUCCAGUCGGUGGUGCUCGAGUGCCAGUACCAUACGCCUUCCUCUCAGACCCCUGUGGUGCAAUGGUGGUACAAAUCCUACUGCCGCGACCGCACACGAGACUCCUUCACUUUUCCUGAAAGCUUUGGGGUCCAGGGGCCCGAGUUGGGUGCCGCAGCCCACCUGGAGUGCUCCGACAGCAGCCGCACCGUCCGCAUCGUAGCGUCCGGCCAGGGAUCCUCCAUGACGCUGGCUGAGCACUACAAGGGCCGAGACAUCGCCAUCGUCAACAAGGCGGACCUGCGGAUCGGGAAGCUGCAGUGGGGCGACAGCGGAGUGUACUUCUGUAAGAUCGUCAUCGCCGACGACCUGGAGGGGAAGAACGAGGGCCAGGUGGAGGUACUGGUGCUGGGUAGGACAGGUGUGCUGGACGAUCUCCUGCCAGAGUUUGAUGUGGAGAUUAUACCAGAGUGGACGUUUGUGGGAUCUGUAGUCCUGGGCAGUAUCUUGUUCCUUUUGUUGAUGGGGAUCUGCUGGUGUCAGUGCUGCCCUCACUCCUGCUGCUGCUACCUCCGCUGCUGCUGCUGCCCCGACACCUGCUGCUGCCCACGUCACCUCUAUGAGGCAGGGAAGAUGGCAAAGAGUGGCCAGCCCCCCCAGAUUGCUGUGUACCCCCCCUACUAUAUCCCUGGGGUCCCCACCAUGGUCCCCUUUGCCCCUCCGUCCCUCCGUCCCUCGGACCCUAAGAUGCUCUCCUUCCCCUCAGUGGAGAAGAACCUAGCUGGGGUACGCAGUGGCUAUCGUCUCCAGCCCAGUCACAGUCAGAACUCUAUGAAGGUUCUGUACUACGUGGAGAAGGAGCUGGGACAGUUUCCCUCUGCCAAGAUGGCUCCUCCACAAUCCAGUAGCCUAUCAGAGCUCAGCUCUCUGCAUGAGGGAGGGGACACGGAUUUCCGGCAAACCUAUCGGACAGUCCAGAUGAACGCUCUCCCGCCCAUCGCCGACCUAGAUGACCAAUCAGAACUCAUGGCAGCUCCCGUGCACAACAGUCGUCGACCCAGGCAUUACCGUGGCAACGACACGGAUGACAAACAAAACAGCAGGUGGAACCCUCGCUCUGUGCACCUGGAGAGGAAGACAUUGGGCACCAGGGGGCGUACCGGCUCUCUGGAUGAGUUGGAGGAGUUUUCUAUGUCCUGCGGCCCCCGUGUCUGGAGGGGCGAGCCCCGAGACCAGGACAUGGACUACGACCUGGCGCUACGGGUGCGAGAGCACUACCCUCCCUACUGGGACCACAGACCCCCUCGCCGUUUUCAUGGAGACCGGGACAACAACAGGCAUCCCCGCCGCAGCCCCCCUCCCUCGCCGCAGAAGAAGAGGAGGGACACGUGGGAUGGCGAUCCCGAUCGCCCCCACCAGCACACCCAUGGGGAGAGGGGUUACGAUUACGCUUUUCUCAAUGACCUAUUGGAGCAUAAGGCGAGGGGGAGGGCAGGGGAGAGGGACGAGAGAGGAAAGGGACGGGCUGACGAGGAUAGUGACACUCCUUCCAAGGCCAGUUCGAAGGGCAAGGGCAGUGAUGGUUUCUACAGACAGUCGUCUAGCAACCGGCCCGAGGAUGAGGACUCUUUACCUCCGUACUCAGAGCAGAAGGUGGAAAGGUAUCAAACGAUCAACCCAACCGCUGAACGUAGCCGCACGGUCGAACCGCCCUCAGAACGGUACCGGUCCACUGACCCGUCCAUGCAACCGUUCUCCUACACCCGUCCCCCUAAAGGAUUAGCACACACCGUACAGGGGUACCGAGAGGAUAGGGACAAGAACCGAAAUAUGAGCAACAUAACCGUGACCUCUCCACAGUGCUGUGGCCUGGGCCCUUUUCUCCCUGCCUGUUUUGUGUGUCGAAGGACUGUUGACAUGGAAUUCCCACCCUGCCGAGAGUACAAACAAGCUUGGCAUUAAGACACAAACCCAGGGCAGGACAGACACUGAAGAGGAGAUAGCUGGGGCCCCUUUAUAGUACAUCAUAUUGCUGAGUUGAAUAGGCUGGCUGACAGUCCACGACUACUGCACACUAUGCUGAUACAUCCAUCUAAUGUUGUAAAUUAAGUUAUGGUCACUGUACUGGAGCCUACCCAACAUAUAAUUCUAUAUAAAUUGAUAUAUAGAAAGAUCACCACUUUUACUAUAGGCCUAUAGAAAAAGAUAUCUGAUUUUCUCAAGGCACUAUGUAAAAGACAUUUCCAGAGGGGUUAUCUUGUUAAGAUAAUCAAUUUUAAAGUCCUAGAUCUAUUUCCCCAAACUAUUUGAUACAUUUAGUCCUACAUGUAUUUCAAAACUAUUGUCCAUGUGCACGAGUCUUCCAUACGCACCUGCAUUGUGUUGCACCUGUUACGGCUCAAGGCGGGUUCAACGAUGUCACCUGACGCUGGGGUUGGGAUUGGGCACGCGCCGACGGAUUUUGCCUGGUAAAGUUGCCUUGGCACCUGGUGUGUAUUCAUUACGUCUUGCAACAUAAAUCGUUUACCGUUUAAGAACCAAACAGAGCCAACGGAACGAAACGGAGAGGGACCGACUAGAAUUUGUCCAAUACAAACUGGUUUUCGUUUCAAAAAACGAGGGCUUGUAAGGGUUAAAGGCUUGUAAGUAAGCAUUUCAUGGUAAGGUCUACACUUGUUGUAUUUGGCGCAUGUGAAAAAGUUUGAUUUGAUUUAGUAUGUCUCCACAAACUGUCUGUCUGUCUUUGGAAGAGAAGUGAAGAUAAUGGGUUCGUAAACCAAAAUUAUUAAAAGGAUAUGCUGUAAUUAGGUGACUCAGCUAAUUGACUGUGUGAUAUUAGAUUGCUUCUUGUGUAAAUAUUUUAUGUCUGGAUUUGAAUGAUUUGUAUGUAUACCUGUACAGACAUAGAGCUUUAACAGUACCUACACUCCCCCACGUAUUUAUUUGGACAGUGAAGCUAUAACUUUGAAUUUGGCUCUAUACUCUAGCAGUUUGGAUUUGAGAUCCAAUGUUUUAUGAGGCAACAUUAGAGAAUGUAUUUGUUUUACUGUUUAGUAAUGAAUGCCCUUAAUGUAUCUAGUCUCCCCAUUUAAAGGUGUCUUAAGUAUUUGAACAAAUUCGCUUAUAAUGUAUGAAAUGUUGUCAAAUGUUUGUAUUUGGCCCCAUAUUCCUAGCACAAAAUGACUACAUCAAGUUUGUGACUACACACUUGUUGGAUGCAUUUGGCAGUUUGUUUUGGUUAUGUUUUCAGAUUAUGUUGUUUCUUAACAGUUCUACUGUUAGCAUGAUUACGGAUAAUCCUGAAUGAUUCGUGAAUAAUGAUGAGUGAGAAAGUUACAGAUGCAAAAAUAUCAUGCCCCCAAAACAUGCUAACCUCAUAUUAUUACCAUUACAUUAGCAGGGGAGGUUAGUAUUUUUGGGGGGUGUAUGAUAUUUAUGCCUUUAACUUUCUCAUUCAUUAUUAUUAUUCACGUUUUAUUCAUGAUUAUCCGAGGUCCUUCCGAGUGGGGCAGUGGUCUAAGGCACUGAUAAGGGACAUAUAUAUAGUCCGAAUGGGAGUUGCAGUGAUGAGACAAGACUGUAACUACCAAUUAAUGUGGACACCGGACGACGCUGGGCCAAUUGUGCAUACGUCCAUUACAUUUUUACAUGUCUGAGGUUUUUUAUCAAAUAUAUUAGAUGGAGAUGCUUUAGUUAAACAAAGUGCUGUCUGUUUACUUCUGCCUAUAUACAGUUUUGCAUCAAUUAAAUUAGGAAAAUAUUUUGUACUGGGAAUAUACUAUAAAUGUAACACUUUUUAAAUAAAUAGGUAA